AUGAUCACCACUAGCACCACGUCGGUGCCCCCUACUCCUCGUGCCACGAGGGUCUCUCCUCGCAAGAGGGAGCCUGCUUUAGAUGCCCCCGCUGUCCAGAUGAGUGCUGCUAUUGACGUGCCGCGUCCUGCUCGGCGACUUUCGUUUGGCACGGUCGACAACGUAGAGGACGGCCUUGAUAUGCCGCCUGCAACGCAGUCGAUGGAUGCACCGGCGAGUCCCGAGCUCUCCUCUCCUCAAAAGGCGUCCACAUGCGUUCGUAAACCAGCGCAGCGCGGCACUGCACCCAGAACUUCUCAAAGAGCUGGUGCCAAGCGUCGCAUUCGCCCAAUCGCCCGUCUUGACUCAGACGAUGACGACGCCAUCGUCGUCUCUCUUGAUGAAAGCGCCUCGUCCGAUGAAGAGGUGGAUCAGUUGAUGCCAGACACUCCUAGGCCCCCCCUGAUACCUCAGAGCUCGAUGCUCCCAACGCUUGAUAUCAAGGCAGAGGAGUCGCUCGACGAAUACGAGGGCGAGACGGAAGACGAGGCCAUUGCUGCAGCCUGGGGCAACCCCUCACCACCUCCAGCUUACGUCAAUGCGAGCCCCCUCAAGGCUCGGGGCAAGGCAAAGGCGAGUCUGAAGUCUAAAGUCAUUGCCGAGCCUGUAAAAGAGUUGGACGGUGUUGUAUUUGUCAUGGAUUCCGAUGAGGAGGACAUACCAGCCCAAAUUCCGCUCCCUGUGAAAGGAAAGGGAAAGGGAAAGCCUAUCGCGCUACCUAGUCGAGUUCCUGAGGCCGCACCCUCGUCCCCUUCCAAAGGUAAGGCCAGGGCACAAGCAUCUACUUCCAGCGGUGCCAAGGCCAAAUCCCCAGUCAAGUUGGAGCCUUCCGUUGCCGCCAAGCUGUCUUUCCAGGCCAUUGAGGUCGAAUCUUGCGCCAACGACAACACCCCUGCCUCCAUGAAACCUAAGCCCUCCACGGACGCCCCUGGAAAUGGACUUGUACCGCCUGUGGCCACGGAGGAAGGAGCAAUCUUCGACCCCAAAAAGAGACAGGCCCAGCUUCUCAACGACCUUGUUUUCUCGUCUAUUCCCCCCCUCCUGUGGGACAUAGUCGUCCACCUUCGUUCUACUGGCAUAGAGGAGAAGCUUCAAUACAGUGAACUUCGGCCCAAAUACACUGCGCAAAAUGAAGCAGAGGGGGUCAUGCCCAAGGUGAUGGACGUACUUUGCAGGAUGGAGGAUGAGUUUGAAAUGGUGCCUAUCUUUGAUUCGUUGCUCUUCCGUGGCUCUGGGGUCUAUGUUAACCCCUUAACGGCUGACCCCCGCAGCUUCCGUGUCAUCAGCCAAAGGGUCGUCUUCAAUUCGGGUCCCAACCACACACGCCCCGCAGUCUUUGUCAUGCCUAUCGUUGUUGACAAGUCGGAGCUACUUGAACCUGUUCCAAUCAAUGCAAAGAACCCAGCAAUGGGGAUGCACCGCCGCCUGACUGGCUGGAUGCUCGACGAGUUCUUCGAGCUGUUCUCGACGUUUGUCGGAUCCCUUCUUAAUCUAGACACAGUCUAUGCAUACAUGACCUCUGGCAAUCUGCAGUUCACCUCCAGACCAACGAAAAAUGAGUUGGCAGAGCCCGUCACCCCCCAGAAGGCUACUCGGCGCUCAUUAGCUUUCGGGGCUCCUUCCCCGCGUGCUCAACGCACCAAAGUAGGCCCAACACUCUCUGACCUCAAGUCGCUUCAUUCCCUUGGCCCACACGAUACCAUUCCUGUUUACGACGGCCACCGAGGUCGUGGUGAUUUCCGUCACAAAGAUGACCAGUGGAAGAACCUAUCUGACAUGCCCCAGUACGGUGUUUCUCCAGACAACAAUGAGGCAGCUGAGGUGCCUCCAUUCGAUGUGGACGAGUUUUCUGUCGUCCUUGCUGCGUUCACCAUCAGUACGUUCAACCCCAAAGACAACCCCACCGCGACCCAAGUCUCGCUCAACCUCCUCUUCUCCAUUUUUGUCGGAACUUGGGUUUCCUCGACUGAGCCGCACGAGGUUUCUUUCAAACGGAUUAGCUACCUUUGCAAGACUGCUGAAUCAGAGGCCCGACUGCGAGCUGCCACCGUCCGUGCUCAGGUGAAGGCCAAGGCCAAGGCUCGUGCUCGCUGA